AUGGAAACAAUCACAUUGCUCACCGAGGCAGCUCUAGCUGGGGCGAAGUGCAAGGCGUAUGUCUACAUGCUGUUAAACAUUAUACUGUUGGGCUUAUCCCAUAUUCAGGAUUUUGAAUUCGCCGACAGCGAAAAUGGAGUUAACAUUGUGAAAAGAGCUACAGGCUACAUAUAUGACGAUGAGGACUUCCAGGACGAUGAUGCUGGUUCAGCCCCCGACACUGGUUACACUGAGUACGAGGGAAGUGGCACUACAGCAGUGACUACAACCACUCGGAGGUUCGAUGUGGUGGAUUACCCACGUUUCUUCCGGGUGUCAGUCAGUUUCUCCAACUUGCCUUACACAACAAAUAUCUUCAAUAGAGAGAGCCAAGAGUUCAAGGAACAGUCGGAGUUGAUAGCUGCGGAAAUCGAAAAUUUGUUUUGGAAUAUCGAAGGUCGCAAAACUGUGACCGUUCUACAGUACAGUACCGGUGACCAAGGACAGAUACUGGUAACCUUUGAUCUAGGAUAUGAAGGCUCUGAACCUGAUGAGGAACUUAGCCAAGUCUUAGAGGCUGCAGUCAGUGGUGGCAGAAUUGGUAGAUACGCUGUCAGCUCUGAUGGUUUCUCAGUACGAUCACUUGAAGCCACUUCCACAAAGUGCCGGCUGGAUGAACUGUUGUGUGCACAGAACCAGGUUUGUAUACCCAGACUCAAGGCCUGCGACAGAAAUUCAGACUGCCCUGGUGGUGAAGAUGAACAUUUUUGUCGUGAAGUUCAGUGCCCAAUUUUUGUUGGCCGUUCACCGGAGGUUCUACCCAGGAAUGGAACUAACUAUGCCAGCCUGCUAAUCAACAAUGCCUUUCCUUGUGAUGGAGCUGUGGUUGCCUGGGAAUACUACAGAGUCAUUCCUCAAGGAAUCGCAUUUGUUGGUAUUUGGAGGCAACUUGGAGACAGUGAAUUUGUUCUCCUUAGCAAAAAAUAUGUUCAACUGGAAACUCCAAUUCUUGUUCAAAGAGGAGACUUUAUCGGUGUCUUCUAUCCCGAAACAACUCCUAACAAUGUCAUAGCUCAGGCCACCCCAGCGGAUGAUGUUGUUGCACCAACUGAGCUGUACCAGACUUACCUUGCUCAGAUGUAUGAGCAUGAAGUGCAGGAAGGCAUCCCAUUUGACAUCAACACAAUUCGCUAUGUUCAGACAAAUUCCACAUUUGCACUUAGAGCUUUGAUGAAUUAUGACGUUGAGGGCAUAGAAUCCAACCCUUGCAAGUCAAAUGAGUUUUCCUGCGGUAAUGGCUACUGUGUUCUAGCAGAGUACCAGUGUGACGGGCAAAAUGACUGUGAAAAUGGCGCAGACGAGCUCAAUUGUGUUCGUUGCUCUGAGGAUGAAUUCACCUGCAAAAGUGGGGAGUGUAUUGCACAAUUUCUGCGCUGCAACCAAGUAAAGGAUUGUUCUGAUGGAUCUGAUGAAACAGCUUGUCCUGUCUCAUGUAAGGAAGAUGAGCAGUUCACUUGCCAGAAUGGAGAGUGUAUUCCCAUCGGCAGACUGUGCGAUGCCCAGCCUGACUGCAGCGACAACUCUGAUGAAGAUCGAGAACUAUGCUUGCCAACGAUUCCCACAUUUCCUCCUGUUUGUCCCGAGGGGUUCUUCAGAUGUGCACUGGGAAUCUGCGUGGAGAUGACCAAACGCUGUGAUAGAGUCAGUGACUGUCCUGAUGCAACUGAUGAAGUGGAAUGUGAAGGCCGUCGCUGUGAUGAGAGAGAAUUUCGCUGUGAUUCUGGUGCUUGCAUUGAUUCUGGCUUACAGUGUGAUGGGGUUUCUGACUGCGAUGACCAUUCUGAUGAGAUUCGAUGUGUGACAACCUGUUCCUCUGCAGAGUUUACUUGCAAGAGUGGCCAGUGUAUAGAUCUCAGGCGGCGCUGUGACACUUAUCCAGACUGUGUAGAUCAGUCGGAUGAGAUUGGAUGUCCCUGUCGACCAGAACAGUUUGUUUGUGGUGAUGGCCAGUGCAUCUCUGAACUGCUCAGAUGUGAUCGCUCUUAUGAUUGUAGAGACGGCAGUGAUGAGAGGGACUGUCCACGAUGCAGGAGAAAUGAGUUUGAGUGCAACGAUGGAACAUGUAUUGAUCGUCGCAAUAAAUGUGACCGAUCUGUGCAGUGUCCAGAUAGUUCGGAUGAGUUUAAUUGCACUUGUAAUGCAGUAGAGUUUCGUUGUGGCAAUGGCCAGUGUAUUCCACAGCAGACUUUUUGUGACCAGAGGCAGGACUGUGUUGAUGGAACCGAUGAGAGCAACUGCCCUCAAGUUUGCAGAGAAGAUCAGUUUGCGUGUGCAAGUGGUGAAUGCAUCGACCGUCGACGUACCUGUGAUGGCAGAGCUGACUGCCGGGAUCGGUCUGAUGAGCAGAAUUGUCCUAUCCCUCCAUCUUUCCAAUGCAUGCCUGGUCAGUAUCGUUGUGCAACUGGGCAGUGUAUUGAUGCUGGCUUCAAGUGUGACCGGCAGAUAGAUUGUCUUGAUAGGUCAGAUGAGACCAGAUGUCUUCGGCGAUGCCCUGAGACCCAGUUUCAAUGUGACUCCGGUCAUUGUUUGGACGUGCGGAGACGAUGUGAUGGCCGAAGGGAUUGUCCAAAUGGUUCUGAUGAAGUUGGCUGUCCAACUUGCUCACCAGCAGACUUUACCUGUGGUAACAGCCAGUGCAUCCCCAUUACGCAACGAUGUGACAGGCGAAGUGACUGUUCAGAUGGAAGUGACGAAAGAGGAUGCCCGUGUGCUACUGGAGAGUUUACCUGUGUCAGUGAUGGCAGGUGUUUACCACCCGGGUACAGAUGCAAUGGCAAUCCUGACUGUAGAGAUGGCAGUGAUGAACAAGAUUGUGAAAGAUGCCGUGAAGAUCAGUUCCAGUGUGGGACUGGAGAAUGCAUUGACAGUCGUAUGGUGUGUGACAGCAUCUCUGACUGUCCAGAUAGUUCUGAUGAAGAGGUCUGUG